GAACAUUGCAGGAUCCGAAAACAACGGACCUGGGUGGGUGCGAGUUCUGAAAUAUUUUGUUCUGUCUCUCUGUUUUGAAAGUCUUGUUGUUUUGUUUUGUGUUGUUGAUUCCUUCUGAUUCUGAGACAGGGGAAGGAACAAUAACAGAGGAAUCAAAGUUCCUUCCGUGGAACCUCGAUUCCUCAUUCUGGCUUCUUCAACUUUCUCUCCUCUUUGCCUCCUCCUAAGUCCUAACUCAGGCAGGUUCUUUCUUCAGAAGGAAUUAUAGCACAGUGCCUGUGUCUUUUUUAGUGAGUUGGCAUCAUAUAUAAGAUCCAAUGUUGGGUGGAUUAGUAAGAAAAUUUGCUUCUGCAAUGGGAGGCUGUGCCUCAAACCCAAACAGGAAGGGUAUUAUUCAUAAAAGAGAAAAGAAGAAAACUAGAAAACACAAGGGAAAUAUUGCUAAAUCACUUGCUGACAAGCCACUGAAAAGGCUUAGCAAUGCUGGAAGCCGUGUGGUAGACUAUCGCAAAUCUGAGGUUUCUAACAUUAAGUUUCAACUCGCCCAACUCCAAUACCACAACCGUAGUCGAAGUGCAAAUGCAAAAAGCCAUGAGGAUGCCUGGUUUGACUCGGUUAGCAUUAUGGAGUCGGAAUCAGAUGAUGACUUCAUUAGUGUACAUGGAGAAUGUUUUCCCUUUGUGGGUAAUGCUUUGGGAAAUGUCCCAAAUACUCAGUUAGUCCAGUAUGAAAGUGAAUCAUGCCUCGAGAAAAAUGAAUUAUGUGCACCCGAGAGAUUUCUUAUUCGUCCUAGAGCUGGGCUUGAAAUUCCAAGUACAACUGAAGAGAAGCCAUGUCCUGGUUCCUGGUCUGCAGUUCCACCUUCAGUUUUCAAUCUCCGUGGAGAAAAUUUUUUCAGAAAUAAGCAAAAGUGUCCUGCUCCAGAUUAUAGCCCUUAUAUUCCAUUAGGUGUUGAUUUAUUUGCCUGUCCCCGGAAGGUAAAUCACAUUGCUCGGUAUCUUGAACUUCCAUCUGUCAAAGAACAUGAGAAAGUACCUUCCCUCGUUAUUGUUAAUAUACAGUUGCCAACAUAUCCUGCUAGUAUGUUCCCUGGAGAAGCUGAUGGCGAAGGCAUGAGCCUUGUAUUAUAUUUUAAAUUGUCUGAGAAUUUUGACAAAGAUACUUCUACACACUUUCAGGAGAGCAUCAAGAGAUUAGUGGAUGAUGAGAUGGAAAAGGUGAAAGGGUUUACAAGGGAAAGCUUGAUUCCCUUUAGUGAAAGGCUAAAAAUUUUGGCUGGGGUAGUUAAUCCAGAAGACCUUCAGCUAAAUUCUGCAGAGAAAAAGCUUAUACAUUCCUACAAUGGCAAGCCAGUGCUUUCACGCCCUCAACACAAAUUCUUUAAGGGACCUAACUAUUUUGAGAUUGACUUGGAUAUACAUCGCUUUAGCUAUAUAUCAAGGAAAGCACUUGAUUCACUCCGAGACCGUACAAAGCAUGUAGUACUUAAUUUGGGCUUAACUAUCCAGGCACAGAAGCAAGAGGAACUGCCAGAGCAAGUCUUGUGCUGCUUACGGCUGAAUAAAAUUGAUUUUGUCAACCAUGGUCAAAUUCCUACCAUUGUAGCUAUUGAUGGUAAUUAAUUCAUAUAGCCAUCGGGUGGAAAAUUGGGGUGGGACCCAGAUGAUGACUAUAGGAUAAAAAGAAAAGACAAGAUUAAGGGUAAUUUUGUAAGAAUUGGGUGCUAAAUCUAUUUACUUGACAAUGGAGGAAAAGGAAGAGCAGCAAGUGCUUUCUCUCAUGCAAGAAUGUUUUUGCUUUAGUGUAUCAAAUUCAAAGCCCUGAAUGUGUGCUUUAGGUUUACCAUUUUCUCGUGCCUUUGUUCUCCCAUAGGUAACAGAUUCUAGAGUUAGGAUCUAAACUCCAGAUUCUGUGGUCAUGUUCCUGGAGUUGGUCAAAAAUGUAAAUUUGAAGUCCACCUAGGAGGAGUUGCUGAGUAGAAUGUAUUAAUUAAUUCUGAUAACUUGUGUAUCUUAAAUUCUGAGUCGUUUUCUUUUA